AUUUGUUUGAAAGGGAAAUCAAAUUCCUAUUCUUGGAUAGUCGGGGAUAUCUAUUUUGGGUUCAUCUUCUAUUACUGUUCAACGUUUGUCUCUUGUCAACCUCCAACUGGCUCAAAUGAAUGGAUUGGAUUUUGAUCUGCAUUCAAGAAUUUUAGUAAGCUUGGCAGAAGUUUUAGCAGAUGCAAGAGCCAAAACGACAACCGAUGAAGUCAAUCGACUCUUGAACAAAUGUCCUCCCAUCUCGGUGCUACCUUUUGAAGAAAUCAACAUAGUUCAACCAGGCCAGGCGCAGAUUGGACGUAUGACUGUCAGACACCAGCAGACGCUUGAUGCUUUACUAAAGUAUGCGACAAAAGCCAACGAAUAUACUCAAUUAGAGCUGUUGCCGCGUAUCAUUAGUUAUUUGAAGUAUUUGCCCGUGUAUGACUGGAAUAACAUCAUCCUGGAGAGAGGUACGUCAAUGAGUUCAGGUUUUGGAUAGCAGGCAUUUUUGCAGUGUAUAACGCAACAUGCUGUUUGUAUGAUUAGGGCCUACUCCGCCAGAUAAUAUUACUUUCAGUUUGGUUACGUGCUUAUUAGAUAUAGCUCAUCAAAGACCGGCACUUCAAGAUAAGAUUCAUGCAACUUUGUGGA